GAAUUACUCCGCUCGGCGAUUUGAAGAAGACAAUUGUAAAAUCUAACGCAGGUUCCUUCUUACGCGGACAAGUAUGAGUUUUCGGUCGCUGUAAGAAGAUCUCACCAUGUCUUCUUUUGCACGACCUGUCGCAAGCUCGCUUGCGUCAGUCGAUUUCUCGGUUUAUUCGUCAGAUGAUAUCAAGAAGAUAUCGGUGAAGCGCAUUUUCAAUACCCCAUCCCUAGACACGCUUCACAAUCCCGUUCCGUCCUCGUUAUACGAUCCAGCGUUAGGAGCAUGGGGAGAUCACAUUUGCACCACCUGCCGCGCGAGCUCGUGGUCAUGCCCUGGUCACCCUGGUCACAUAGAGUUACCGGUAAAUGUUUAUAAUGUGACAUUUUUCGACCAGAUGCUCCGUUUGCUUCGGGCAAAGUGUGACUUCUGUCACCGGCUCCGAAUGUCCCGAGUGGAAGUUAAUACUUACGUUUGCAAAUUGCGAUUACUGCAGUACGGAUUGGUUGAUAAAGCGGCGGAGAUUGAUUCUAUUGGAGAGGAAGGAGACGAAGCAGUUGAUGCUGAUGAAAGUGGAAGAGUCGAUCCGCAGACUAAGAUGGAAAGCAGGAACAAGUUCGUGAAGAGGUGCAUUCGUGAAGCUCAGAAACAAAACCAGAAGGAUGGUUUUGUUCCAGAUGAGAAAAAUGUUGUUGCCACCGAUCGUCGGCGCCAGUUGAUCCGAGACUUUCUGAAAGACAUCGUGGCCGUGAAGAAGUGUAACAGCUGUCAUUACAUUUCUCCCGGAUACCGUAAAGAUCGUUAUUCGAAGAUCUUUCGCAAGGCGUUGCCUGAAAAGUCAAGGGUGGCCAUGAAAAUGGCUGGCAUGACUGCCCCCAAUCCGCUCAUUGUCUGGCAAGAAGAAAACAAAAUCUACUCAAAAUCCAAGGAAUUACAGAAAUCAACGACCAACGGUGUCGGUGAGGACACUGAACUCCAUGGAGCCGAGGAAGAAGUAGUUCGUGCCAAUGCUGCAGCUGAACUUGCUCAGAACAACAAUACUACCGGUAAAGGAGGACUUGAAGCGAUCCAGCAGUUUGUUCCAUCACCCGAAGUCUAUGCUGCUAUCUGUCUUUUGUUUGAAAAGGAGCGUGAAAUCCUGAAUCUGGUGUAUAGUUCUCGCCCGGGAACCAAGAUCUCACCUGACAUGCUUUUCAUUAAAAACCUCCUCGUCCCACCGAACCGAUUUCGACCACCUGCAAUGCAAAACGGAGAAAUUAUGGAGGCCCAGCAGAAUACGCCAUUUACACAAAUACUCAAGACUUGUGAUUUGAUCAACUUCAUUAGUCACCAGCGGCAAACGGCUGAGUCCUCAGAUGCUGCAAAACGUGACUAUCGCGACCUUCUUCAGGCAAUGGUCACCCUUCAAGAACAAGUUAACGGACUAAUUGAUACUGAUCGGGGCCCUCAAAAUUAUGCAGCUGCCCGGUCCGCAGCCGGUGUCAAGCAACUUUUGGAAAAGAAGGAAGGCCUUUUCAGAAAGAACAUGAUGGGAAAGCGUGUGAAUUACGCUGCUCGCAGUGUCAUUUCUCCAGAUCCUAGUCUUGAAACCCACGAAGUUGGCGUGCCCAUGGUUUUCGCAAAGAAAUUAACUUUUCCAGAACCAGUUACAUCGUUCAACUUUCAUGAACUAAGGGAGGCAGUUAUCAAUGGUCCUGAUAAAUAUCCCGGAGCUUCAGCAAUUGAAAAUGAAUGGGGUCAGGUUGUCAAUCUUAAGUUUAAAAAGCUUGAUGAGCGUACUGCCCUUGCGAAUCAGCUGCUCGCUCCUUCAAAUGCGAAAAUGAAGGGUAAUCGCAAUAAAAAAGUAUAUCGCCAUCUUACCACUGGUGAUUACGUUGUCAUGAACCGUCAACCAACCCUUCAUAAGCCUUCCAUGAUGGGCCACCGUGCACGUGUAUUGCCGAAUGAACGAGUUCUUCGACUGCCUUAUCCCAAUACCAAUUCGUACAAUGCAGAUUAUGACGGCGACGAAAUGAAUAUGCAUUUCCCACAAAAUACAUUAGCCCGUGCGGAGCUUUCUAUGAUAGCAGAUGCGGAUCGACAAUAUAUAUCCUCUACGGACGGAAAACCCCUUAGAGGUCUUAUUCAAGAUCAUAUUACAGUCUCUACAUUUUUGACAAGCCGAGACGCAUUCUUUGAAGAGGAGGAAUAUCAGCAACUUCUGUACAGCUGUUUGCGCCCCGAAAAUUCCAACACCGUUACGGACAGGAUACAGCUUGUUGAACCAGCUGUGCUACGUCCUCGGCGUCUUUGGACAGGAAAGCAAGUUAUAUCAACUGUUUUGAAAAACAUCACUCCACCAAAUAGGAGAGGCCUUAAUCUUCAAGGAAAGUCAUCUACCCCUGGUGACAGAUGGGGAGAUGACAAUGAAGAAGGCAAAGUUAUUUUCAAAGACGGCGAGUUACUUUGUGGUAUUCUGGACAAGAAACAAAUUGGUGCAUCUGGCGGUGGUUUUAUCGAUGCUAUCCACGAAAUCUACGGCAAUACGAUUGCGGGUAGUUUGCUGAGUAUUCUAGGUCGACUGCUCACUAGAUAUCUUAACAUGCGAGCAUUUAGUUGUGGUAUAGAAGAUCUUCGGUUGACAGCUGAAGGAGACCGCCAACGUCGUGAUAUUCUUGAAAAAGCUACUGCACUCGGACGUGAAGUAGCAUUGAAAUACGUCACUCUUGACCAAACCCCUACGCAUAAUCAGGACGCGGAGCUGCAACGUCGUUUGGAAGAUAUUCUGCGUGAUGAUGAGAAGCAGUCUGGCUUAGAUAGCGUUUUCAACAGCCGUACGCGGGCACUCACAUCUGAAAUUACGUCGAAAUGUCUUCCACAUGGUCUAAUAAAGCAAUUUCCUUGGAAUCAAAUGCAACUUAUGACAACGACUGGUGCAAAAGGGUCGGGAGUUAAUGCCAACCUUAUUUCCUGCAACCUUGGCCAACAAGUUUUGGAAGGUCGCCGUGUACCACUCAUGGUUAGCGGAAAGACUUUGCCAUCUUAUCAAGCAUUUGAUACCCACCCACAAGCUGGAGGGUAUGUCUGUGGCCGCUUCUUGACUGGAAUCAAGCCCCAAGAAUAUUACUUCCACACGAUGGCAGGUCGUGAGGGUUUGAUUGAUACUGCUGUCAAGACGGCUAAAUCGGGUUACUUGCAGCGUUGCUUGAUCAAGGGCAUGGAAGCAGUCAAGGUUGAGUAUGAUUCUUCGGUUCGAGAUACCGCCAAUGGGGGGUCGAUGGUUCAAUUCAUUUACGGUGAAGACGGUCUUGAUAUCGCAAAGCAAGUUCAUCUACAAAACUUCAGUUUCCUGGCGCAGAAUUACGUUUCUGCGAUGGCCCAAUUAAAUAUGACUCAGGACUUCCAUACGCUCGAAAAGCCGGAGGUUUCACAAUGGCACAAGGAAGCCUUGAAGCAAGUUAAGAAGACUAGCAAGACCGCAGCCAAAGACCCCGUCUUAUCUGUGUAUCAUCCUGGUGGACAUUACGGCAGUGUGUCAGAGUCCUUCUCACAGGCGUUGAAAGAGUAUGGGGAAGAUAACCCGGAUAAACUUCUCAAGGACAAAAAGAGGGGGGUGGAAGGCAUGCUAAGCAAGAAAUCCUUUGAAAGUGUCAUGCAUAUGAAAUACUUGAAUAGUGUCAUCGAUCCAGGUGAUGCCGUUGGAAUUGUUGCUGGCCAGUCUAUCGGUUCGCAAACAACACAAAUGACUCUCAACACGUUCCACUUGGCGGGUCACAGUGCCCAUAACGUCACGCUUGGUGUCCCUCGAUUGCGCGAGAUCGUGAUGACUGCUAGCCAGAAGCCUACGACGCCUACUAUGACAGUUGAAGUUAUCGAAGAACUGAGCGAAGAAGCCGGAGAGUCUUUCGCGAAGGGUAUCAGUAGACUAAGCAUUGCUGAAGUCAUUGAUACACUCCAGGUUAGAGAAAGUACAACUUCUGGGGAGGGUGCUGCAAAGGCGAAGAUCUACGACAUUGAUCUAAAGUUCUUUGAUGCGAAAGAAUACGGUAAAGAAUAUGCAAUCACAAAACGCGAUCUUCUUCGCUCGCUUCAAGACGAGUUUAUCCCGAAAUUCAUCAAGCUCAUCAAGAACGAGCUGAAGAGGCGUGAAGACGAGAAAGAUCUCAAGGUCUAUUCUGCUGCCCAACCUGAUAUUGGCGUGUCUAUUGGCACGUCUGAGGGGUUUGAUGGUGCUGCUCGCCAGACGGAGGCUUCGACAAGGAAUGAUGAUGCAGGGGAUGAUGACGACGAAGACGACGAAGAAGAUGCGAAACGUGGGCGCAGUAAUAAUAACCGCAACAAUCAAGUUAGCUACGAGGAACCUGACGACGAUGAGGAUGUAAUCAGAAGAGAUCAAAGUGAUUCAGAAUCGGAAUCAGACGACGACGAUGAUUCUGCUCGGAAAAAUCGACGCGAGAAAACCCGCAGCGACAGUACGGACACCUCUGACGAUGAAGACGAGCUGACCGAAGAAAUCAAGGCCGAAAGACAUGACGCCAAAAUGCGCGAAGAAGAGGUGUUGGGUAAAUAUGGAGAAAUCAGUUCUUUCAAGUUUGAUACAAAGCAUGGAGACUCGUGCUUCAUCCGACUGGAAUACUCUAUCGAUACACCGAAGCUUCUGGUUCUGCCACUUGUUGAAGAUGCUGCACGACGUGCAGUUAUUCAGGCAGUUCGCGGCCUCGGCGGAUGCAUUUACAGCAAAGCUGACUCAGAGAAGAAGGAACCCGCAAAAAUUGAUAUCGAAGGUGUGAAUUUACUCGCCAUGCGUGACUAUCAAGGUUACAUUAAUCCACACACCAUCCGCACCAACUCGAUUUACGAUAUGCUACUCUACUAUGGUGUUGAAGCGGCUCGCUCUACGAUCAUUCGAGAAAUGUCAGACGUUUUCACUGGUCACAGCAUUACUGUAGAUAACCGUCAUCUAAACUUGAUUGGUGAUGUGAUGACACACAGUGGUGGCUUCAAGGCUUACAGUCGUAACGGGCUUAUCAAAGAAAGCAACUCGCCGUUUUCCAAGAGUUCGUUUGAGACUAGUUUGGGUUUUAUGAGGGAAGCUGUUCUCGAGCGCGAUUUCGACGACUUCAAGAGUCCUAGUAGCCGGAUUGUCGUUGGUCGACUCAACGUUAUUGGUACUGGUGCAUUCGACGUCCUCGCACCUGUGGCAUAAAUUUGUAAAUCCAUGUUUUACCUGAACUACAUUUCGAUAUGCAUUUUGUUCUUGCGUUUUAUGUCCUUAUGAUUGUAUCCAUUUACUGUGACUUGGAGUUAGUGAGAGUGCAUGAUAAGCGAUCGUUGACUGUCAAUUUAAAUAAAAAUUUAGAGAUCAGUUGAUAUCCUAUAAAAAUUUCAAUGGUAUACAUGAAUCGAGA